UUUCUAAGUGGGCUUUGUCUUUACAAAACUAGCCAAGUCUUCCUUCUUCACAGCCACUUAAAUCUUCCUCCUCUUAUCAAAAAAAAAAAAAAAAUCUUCCUCCUCUCAUAUCUCAAACUACUCUCUAUCAGCUAAGCUUGCUACGUUUUCUUUCAUCCAACAAGAACAAAUGGCCGAUGCAAUCCUCUAUGGCGUUGUGCAGACGAUCAUUGAAAGCUUGGGCUCUUCCACUCUCAAUCAGAUUGGAUCGAUCUGGGGUGUCAACGCUGAGCUCGAAAAAAUGAAAAAAACUAUUUCCACCAUUCAAGCUGUACUUGAGGAUGCAGAGGAGCAGCAGGUCAAUAACCACCAAGUCAAGGAUUGGCUCAUGAAGCUCAGAGAUGCAGUUUUUGAUGCGGAUGACUUGUUGAGCGAGUUCUCCACUCAUGUGUUGCAGCAAAAGGUGAUGGAUGGCGAUAAAAUUGUAAAGAAGGUACGCACUUUCUUUUCUAGUUCAAACCCAGUUGUUUUUAGUCUUGGGAUGUCUUGCAAACUAAAGGCUAUGAGGGAGAGGUUUAAUGAUAUAUCAAAUGAUAAGGACCAAUUUCAGUUGAAGUUAGAGACACGAGUUGUGAGUAGGGGGAGGGAUCAAACUCACUCUUUUGUACCUGAUGAAGAAGUUAUCGGGAGAGAAACGGAUAAGCAAGCCAUCAUAGAUCUGUUGUUGGACUUUGAUGUGGAAGAUAAUGUUUCAUUCAUAUCGAUAGUGGGAAUUGGUGGGCUAGGAAAAACCACACUGGCCCAAUAUGUAUUCAAUGAUAAGAAGGUCCAAACUAAUUUUGAAUUGAAGAUAUGGGUGUGUGUCUCUGAUGUCUUUGACAUUAAAACAAUUGUUGAAAUGAUAAUUGGAUCUACAACUGGUAGAAAACCCGUAAACCUAGACAUGGAUCCAUUGCAAAAUGAACUUCGUAGAACUCUCAACCAAAAGAAGUACUUACUUAUAUUGGAUGAUGUCUGGAAUGAGGAUAGUGAAAAUUGGCAUAAUUUGAAAAGACUUUUGAUCGGUGGUGCAAAGGGAAGUAAGGUAGUGAUAACUACACGAACCAACAUGGUUGCGGAGAUUACUAGUACUAUCUCAUCGUAUUUUCUAAAAGGCUUGUCAAGGGAUCAAUCCUGGUCAUUAUUGAAGAAAAUGGCAUUUAAAAAAGGCCAGGAGACCAUCAAUUCUAAACUCGAAGCAAUAGGGAUGGAUAUAAUAGAAAAAUGUCAAGGAGUACCUCUUGCUAUAAGGACGAUGGGGAAAGUCUUAUUCUUCAAAAAAACUGAAGAUGAGUGGUUAUACAUCAAGAACACUAAACUCACAGAUGUAACUCAAUUAAAAAAAUGGUAUUAUGCCGAUUUUAAAAUUGAGUUACGAUUAUCUCCCAUCACAUUUAAAAUGUUGUUUUGCAUAUUGUUCAUUGUUUCCCAAAGAUUAUUUGAUCGAUAAGUUGACAUUGAUACAAUUAUGGAUAUCACAAGGUUUUAUCCAAUCAUCUGAGGAGGGCCAUGAACUAGAGCAUGUUGCCAAUGAGUACUUCAUGGAGCUACUUUGGAGAUCCUUCUUCCAAGAAGCAGAAGAAGAUGGAGGCGAGAAUAGAAGGUUUAAAAUGCAUGAUUUAAUCCAUGAUCUUGCACAAUAUGUAUCAGAGAUUGAUUGUACAUUGGUUGAUUCCAAUGCAAAAAAUGUGAAAGAAAAAGGACACCAUCUAUCGUUUCCAUUUUACAAUAUUUCAUUCUUUGAGGAAAAUUUAAGCAAGUUGGUUAAAGCAAACAAGAUACGAACAUUUAUGUUGGCGUACAAAAAUCGGGCCUAUGAUCAGGGAAGAAUUGAAGAAUCAACUCUCGAAAAACUUAUUUCUAGUUUUAGAUUCUUGCGUGCAUUAGACCUACAUAGUUUAAAUAUGAAGAUGUUGCCAGAUACCAUAGGUACUUUGAUGCAUCUAAAGUACCUUGACCUUUCCUCUAAUGAUAUUGAGGUUCUCCCUAGUUCUAUUACAAAAUUGGUGAAUUUGCAAACAUUAAAGCUCUGUGAGUGUGAAAAGCUUAGGGAGUUACCGGUAGAUAUUCAAAAAAUGGUCAGCCUCAAGCACCUUGACGUUUCCUCUAAUGAUAUUGAGGUUCUCCCUAGUUCUAUUACAAAAUUGGUGAAUUUGCAAACAUUAAAGCUCUGUGAGUGUGAAAAGCUUAGGGAGUUACCGGUAGAUAUUCAAAAAAUGGUCAGCCUCAAGCACCUUGACGUUUCCUCUAAUGAUAUUGAGGUUCUCCCUAGUUCUAUUACAAAAUUGGUGAAUUUGCAAACAUUAAAGCUCUGUGAGUGUGAAAAGCUUAGGGAGUUACCGGUAGAUAUUCAAAAAAUGGUCAGCCUCAAGCACCUUGACGUUUCCUCUAAUGAUAUUGAGGUUCUCCCUAGUUCUAUUACAAAAUUGGUGAAUUUGCAAACAUUAAAACUCUGUAAGUGUAAAAAGCUUAGGGAGUUACCGGUAGAUAUUCAAAAAUUGGUCAGCCUCAAGCAUCUUGACUUAGAAGAUUGUAAGAAUUUGACUCAUAUGCCACAUGGAUUAGGGCAAUUGACUUCUCUUCAAACAUUAAAAUUAUUUGUUGUGGGUAAUGGUUCUUCCAGUGGACUAGUAGAAUUAAACAAGCUAAACGACCUGAGAGGAAAUAUAGAGAUUAUAAAUUUGGCAUGGGUAAAAGAUGCCACCUCAGAAUUCAAGGUUGCAAAUUUGAAGGAGAAGGAACAUCUCAGUGGAUUGAGAUUAUUUUGGAAUCCGGAGGGUGAUGAUGGUGUAGAUGCUAGUGAUGAUGAAAAUUCCGUGGAGGGUGAUGAUGGUGUAGAUGCCAGUGAUGAUGAAUUUCAUUCCGUGGAGGGUGAUGAUGCCAGUGAUGAUGAAAAUUCCAUGGAGGGUGAUGAUGGUGUAGAUGCCAGUGAUGAUGAAAAUUCCAUGGAUAGCCUCCAACCACACGUGCAUUUAAAAUAUUUGAAAGUGGACGGGUACAUGGGUGUGAGAGUUUCAAGUUGGCUUUCAUUCUUAACAAAUCUCGUUGAUUUAUAUAUAGACGAUUGUGAGAAUUGCCAAUAUUUGCCACCGUUGUAUCAACUCCCAUCUCUCCGAGAACUAAGUCUUAUGAAUAUGGAUGGUCUGGAGUACAUGACAGACGGGGAUAUGAAUGAUGAGAUAUCUGCUUCACUGGCAUCACCAUCAACAUUUUUCCCAUCCCUUCAGACACUCGAACUCAUUAAAUGCCUCAAUCUAAAGGGAUGGUGGAGGAGUGUGGAUAAGGGGAAUGAGGCAACAACGACAUCAACAAUAUCAUCAUCAUCAUCAACUAAUCACUAUCACCAACACAUACCUUCCUUUCCGGGUCUUUCUUUUUUAUGGUUGGAUAAUUGCCCUAAGAUGACUUGCAUGCCGCUAUUUCCAAAUCUAGAAGAAAAGCUUAUUUUGGAGAAUAGCAGUUUGAAGGCAUUGGAAGAGACAAUAGAGAUGAAUAAUAGGGGAGGAAGGGCUUCUUCAUUUCCGUCCUCUUCCUCUUCCUCUUCCCCCUCCUUCUCCCCUCCUCUCUCCAAAUUAAAGGAAUUGAGUUUGCGGAAGAUACAGGAGUUGGAGUCUCUGCCAGAGGAGUGGUUUAAAAACCUAACUUCUCUUAAGACAUUACACAUUUGGGGGUGUCCCAAUCUGACGUCACUUCCCGAAGGGAUAAGUCACCUCACCUCUUUAAGGGGCCUGCAUAUUUGGGGCUGUCCCCAAUUAAAGCAAAGAUGCGAGGAGGAAAAUGGAGAGGAUUGGGAUAAGAUUUCUCACAUCCCACAUCUUGACAUACGUUGAACUACUGCAUACGCUUCCCUGAAAGAACAACAGGAUUUCAAAUGGGAAGAAGAAAGCUUAUUCUUGACAUUUCAGAAGUUGGUACACAAAAUUCUUCCAGACAAAAAUGGCUGAUUCAGACAUGGAUGAUGAUAAUGACAAAAAAGUAGCACCGAGAUAUUUUGAAGCGCAAAGCAAACUUUUGAAAGGGUGUCAGCAAGAACAGGGGACAAUUGGUAAAAACUUCUCACAUCCUAGAGAGAGGCCUAUGAACUGUGAAGUUUUGAGAAGAGUGUGAUUUCCAAGUGCAGUGGUUCCAAGCGGAAACCUUCUAAAACUGGUUUCAUCAUGGGCAUUGAAUUUGAGAAACAAGACAGCGACAUCAUUUCAAAUUUUCUUGAAUUAUUGGGCUUUGAUGAUUUAAUUGGUUUCAAAAGUUCUAUGGAAGAAGAAUGCCAAGGUAUUGAUGAGGCAAGCUUGUGGUAUAGGAGGAGAAUUGGGUCAGAGAUGAUGGGAUUUAAAGAGAAGACAGCCCCCUCAUGACUGCUACCAUGUUUGAAAGCAAGGGUAUGUUGAAUUAUAUUCUGGAAACCAGUUUUAUUGAUGUUAACCAGGCUUCUGGUUUGGACGGGUUUCUGCACUUCAUUUUGUUGCUGCUGUGGACUUUGCUAUUUAAGGAAAGGAUGGAGAAGCACACUAUGCUGCUUCUAGGAAGCACUCAGGGAAGAGGACAGCAAGAGGGAAAUCACUGUGAUCAUGGCAUGUAUUGUAGAAGAAGAUGGAGAACUCAUUAUGGAUUUAGAGCAAACGAUGAGCAAGAGACACCAGGUAUCUCACUGCAUGCCAUUAGUGGUGACCAAUGCACCCAAGGCGAUGAAGGUGUUGCACUACGAAUCCACAGACCUUUUCUUAUGAUUUUGGGGUAUCACUAACUUGAUUGUACUGUUUGAAGAAGAGAUUGCAAGUUGGUCAUUAAUGACAUCAGGAAUCUUACUGCAGUAAUGAUUAGGUUUAAGCAUUUAAAGGUUGAGAUUAGGCUUAAGAAAUAGCUAAAUGUGCUUAGAAACAUUGUAGAACAAAUGCAAAAAGGAUAACACAGAAGAAGAAGAAGAUAGAGAGAGAGAAUAUUGCCUUGGAGUUACAAGAAGGCCUUUUUGAAGUUUUGACUACAAAAUAAUUGCAAGAAUCUUUUUUCAGUUGGGUGCAACCACUAAAAACUCUUAAUUAUCCAUAUCUUGCUUACAUAAAUGGCGAUUACAUCUGCAUAGUGUUUAUUUUUCUGCUGAUGUUUUGGACGAUUUAUUUACUAUUUCAUACUUGAUAUGCAUAAAUAUUUUGAAACACUCAAAAAAAAAAAAAAAUUUUUGAAAGGGUGCCAGCAGGAAAGAGAGGACAAUCAGUAAAAAUUUCUCACCUAGAGUUUGGAGGGAAUGAACCUGUCCAUCAGACUUGGUGCUUUUUCAAAACUUUAGGACUCUGUAAUUGUGCAACAAGCUAGCUAUUGAAGCAUGGGGAAAUCAAGGUUUUAUAGCUUACAAUCGUAGCUUGGUUCAAAGAGUCGAAAUUAUAAAAGUAAUGAACAAAGGAGUAUAUAUAUGACAAAAUCAAGGUUAUAUUGUCUUCUAGGUUCCAUCCAGAGGUGACUCCUUUCCUGUCAUCCUUAAGAGUUCUAAAAUUUAAGAUUUCUUCUUGAUUUUGUGUUGCGUUAAAGAUUUAUAGGCCUUUCCCAAUGAAUUUGGAUCUCAUAACAGUGAUUAUAGUUUUAGAAGAAAAGAAUGUGAGUUGGUAUUAAACGGCAUCUGGCUUUGUUCUACCAUAAUAAUCGGAAGUGUUAAGGAUUUUAAAUUUGAGAUUGGGCUUGAGGAGUAGCUGGUUCUGGCUAAAGUUCUGCUGAGCAAAGACAUAUAUAUGUUUGUGUGGGGUAGUUGUAGUGCGUCUAGAUUCCUGAAUAAUGGUCCUUCACUUUUGUCUCUGCAUUUGUUCAAAUAUGUUCUUAUGCUGUGGCCUGUUAUAUCACUCUAGACAUUAUGUUGUAAGGAUUUGGUAAUUAUGUUCCAAUGCUUUGGGCUGUUAUGUCUAUGACUCAUGUCCCUAGAUUUGUUCAUUAUUAUAUGUUCUUAUUUUGUCACCAGUAUUUAUUCUUAUGCUCUAAUGUCCUCCAUCUUGAGAUCAACUUGAGCUUUGGUCUUCGAUUAAAAAUCUUAACUCUAAUACAGGUAUCUCUUAUUAUUGUAGGUAAUUUUAGCUUUACAUAAGAAAUUACAGCGAAAUCUGCUGGAGCUACCGGCAUGGAUUUUGUGUCCAAGAAAUUGAAGAAGAAAUAUAACAUCACCAGCAUGAAGCUGCUUAUACAUGGGCAGAUUCUAUAAAUGGAUGGGAGUUCCUUCCUAUGCAUUCAAGUGCAAGAUAUGCACAUUAUGUUACAAACAUUGAUUACGCGCAGAAACCUUUUGAAACAAGGUUUCAUCAUGGGCAGUGAAUUUGACAAACAAGCAGUUUGCAAAAAUCUUUUCAAUUUUUCUUGAAUUAUCAGACUUCGAUGAUUUAAUUGGUUUCAAAAGUGAUGCGGAGAAAAGAAUGUCAUGAUAUUGGUGAGGCAAGCUUGUGGUAUGGGAGGAGAAUUGGGUUCAAAGAUGAUGGGUUUGAAGAGAAGACAGCCCUCAUGACUGCUACCAUGCUUGUAAGUGAGGUUGUGUUAAAUUAUAUACUGGAAACCAGUUGUUGCUGUUGUGGACUUUGCUAUUUCAACUGAGGUUGUUAAGCUCUUGCUUGAUGCUUCUGCACUUCAUUUUGUAUAUUGUUGCAUACUGUUGACUAUGUACAGUACACCUUGUUCAUUUUAUUCCUGUUUUUUCUGUCUUAUAAUAGUAAUUGUCUUUGUGUAAUAUUGUGUAAUAGAACAUGUAUUCGGGGUGGAUGUUUAUUUCUAUAAUCAUUCAUUUUGGACA